AUGACACAUAAAUAUAUGCAGAUAUCACACGGGCAACCAGAAAAAAAAAGAGGUGGUUCGAUAUUCAUAUUUAUUGUCUUUUUUAUAUUAUCAUUUAUAUACAUUGGAUAUACAGGAAUAGUUUUAAGAUCAUGGUUUAUUCCAUAUAGAAGUGGUUCAUUGACAAUCGCCAUUGUUUUCCAUAUCUUUUUUUGUUUAUUUUUACUAAGUUUUAUAAAAUGCGCAUCAACAGAUCCAGGAAAAGUUCCGAGAAAUUGGGGGUUUUAUGUUGGAGACGAUGUGAAAAGAAGAAGAUAUUGUAAAAUUUGCAAUGUAUGGAAACCAGAUAGAACACAUCACUGUUCGGCUUGUAAUAGAUGUGUAUUAAAUAUGGACCAUCAUUGUCCAUGGAUAAAUAAUUGUGUUGGGUUUUAUAACAGAAGAUUUUUUAUGCAGUUAUUGUUCUAUGGUUUAAUUUGCUUGUUUAUGGUUGCUACCCAAACUUUUCAUUAUAUAUUUAUAGAUAAUAUUAAUGCAUAUAUGGAUAAAGGAUUUCAAGAAAAUAGUUCUUUUGUAGCUCUUGAAUAUACCUAUGCUUCCAUCGUUUUAUUUUUAACUUUUGUUUUAAUUUUUGCUUUAGUCCCAUUUACAAAAUUUCAUUUAAAGCUUAUUUCAAAAAAUUCAACAACAAUUGAAAAUAUGGAUAUAUAUCAUCAAGACUAUAAUAUUUAUAAUGUAGGAUGUGAAGAUAAUGCAAAACAGGUUUUUGGAAAUAAUAUUUUAUGUUGGAUGUGUCCAUGUCAUUGUAUUUCAAAUAGACCAGCAGGGGAUGGAGUUCGAUGGAGAGUUAGUAUGUCACAUGGAAGUAAUAUAUGA